UGGCAGCUCUCUCUCACAGCUGGCGCGGGCCGUGUGUUUGAAUUUUCAGAAUAAAUCCAGAUAAAUACGCUUAUAGAGCAUUGGGGACGUGCUGUCAUGGAUGCGAAGCAUGCCACACUUGUCCACUGGUUCCGCAAAGGUCUCCGCGUCCACGAUAAUCCCGCCUUGACGCAAAUAUUUUCGGCGGCCAACGCUGCGCCUGAGAAAUUCCAUGUGCGACCCAUUUUCAUACUGGAUCCUGGUAUUCUCGAUUGGAUGCAGGUGGGCGCCAACCGCUGGCGUUUCCUUCAACAGACUCUCCACGACCUGGACCAGCAGCUAAGGAAGCUCAACUCGCGUUUGUUUGUAGUGCGGGGCAAGCCCGUGGAUGUUUUUCCCCGUGUCUUUAAAAGCUGGCGAGUUGAACUGCUGACCUUUGAGACAGACAUAGAGCCCUACGCCCUACAACGCGAUGCAGCUGUCCAGAAGUUGGCCAAGGCCGAGGGCAUCAAGGUGGACACUCACUGUUCCCAUACGAUCUACAAUCCAGAGCUGGUCAUUGCAAAGAAUAUGGGCAAGGCUCCGAUAACAUAUCAAAAGUUUUUGAGUGUGGUGGACCAGCUAAAGGUUCCCAAGGUUCUGGAGCUGCCGGAGCAAUUGGCAAAGAAAGCUCUGCCACCCAAGGAUGAAGUGGAGCAGCAGGACGACAAUGCCUACGAUUGUCCUACUUUAGAGCAGUUGGUGAAGAGGCCAGAGGAUCUGGGACCCAAUAAAUUUCCUGGCGGUGAAACCGAGGGUCUAAGGCGCAUGAAAGAAUCGCUGAGGGAUGAGCUUUGGGUGGCUCGCUUCGAGAAGCCGAACACGGCUCCCAACUCUUUGGAGCCCAGCACCACAGUGCUCAGUCCGUAUCUGAAGUUCGGGUGCCUCAGUGCGCGGCUCUUCCAUCAGCAGUUGAAGGCGAUUCUCAAGAGGCAGUCCAAGCACUCUCAGCCGCCCGUCUCCCUCAUCGGACAGCUCCUGUGGCGUGAGUUCUACUACACGGUGGCUGCCGCCGAGCCCAACUUCGACCGAAUGCUCGGGAAUGUGUACUGCCUGCAAAUACCCUGGCAGGAGCAGGCCGACCAUCUGGAGGCCUGGACCCAUGGACGCACGGGCUACCCGUUCAUCGAUGCCAUUAUGCGGCAGUUGCGACAGGAGGGCUGGAUACACCACCUGGCCCGACACGCAGUGGCCUGCUUCCUGACGCGCGGCGAUCUCUGGAUCAGUUGGGAGGAAGGGCAGCGUGUGUUCGAGCAGCUGCUGUUGGAUCAGGACUGGGCCCUCAAUGCCGGCAACUGGAUGUGGCUCUCGGCAUCGGCCUUCUUUCACCAAUAUUUCCGGGUCUACAGUCCCGUUGCAUUUGGCAAGAAAACCGAUCCCCAGGGCCACUACAUACGCAAGUAUGUGCCAGAGCUGGCCAAGUAUCCGAAUGGCUGCAUCUACGAACCCUGGAAAGCCACGCUGGCCGACCAGCGGGAAUACGGCUGCGUUCUGGGCGUUGACUAUCCGCAUCGCAUCGUUAAGCACGAGCUGGUGCACAAGGAGAACAUCAAGCGGAUGAGUGCUGCCUACAAAGUGAAUCGGGAAGUGCGCACCGGCAAGGAGGAGGACUCGCCUGAGGCCACAGGCAAGCGGAAGGUGGCAAAGACCAUAGGAAAUGCCGCCAAACGCAAACGAUGAUGACCAUCUAACAACUGUUAUGCUACCCCAAUUAGGGGUACAUAAUGUUUUGUAUUAUUCUAUACGAAUCUAUAAUGUGAUUGCAGAAUCUCUGUGAAUGGAAUUGAACUAUGACUAGAAAUUGUAUAUAUUGAAGCUGCAUAUGAAUGAAUUCAUUUAAAUGUUUAUUUA